AUAUCACAUCCCUCUCAUAUUCUUUCUAUUCAUCUACUUAUAAUCUCGCUCCUCUUCAUCGAUCCUUAUAAACUCGUUUCAUUUAUAUAUUAAAUAUAUCUCUUGAUCUGCAUAUAUAAUUUAUAAUAUAUGGCUCCUGGAAUGACAAUCGCAUCAUCGGAGACGUCGUCAUUCGAUGUGAUAAAGUACGCCGUCCAUGAAGGGCACGGAGUGAAGGGUCUCUCCGAAUUGGGCCUCCGAUCCCUCCCCAGACAAUACGUUCAGCCUCUCGAGGAAAGGAUCGACAUGAAAACAGUGGUCAAUCAGCACUCCAUUCCCGUCAUCGACAUGUCCAACCUGCUCCACGAUCCCCAAGUGGCCGACUCCAUCUGCGACGCCGCCGAGAAAUGGGGCUUCUUCCAAGUGGUCAACCACGGGGUCCCCCUUCAGGUGCUGGAGGAUGUCAAGGAAGCCACCUACAGGUUUUUCAGGCAGGCGGCCGAGGAGAAGAAGAAACACUCCAAGGACAAUUCCCUCACCAACAAUGUCCGGUUCGGGACCAGCUUCACCCCUCACGCUGAGAAAGCCCUCGAGUGGAAAGACUAUCUUAGCCUAUUCUUCGUCUCCAAUCAGGAGGCCCAUGCCCACUGGCCUUCUUCCUGCAGAGACGAGGCCUUGGAAUUCCUCAACACCUCCGAAAUCAUGAUCAAGAACCUUCUCAAUGCACUCACUCAAAGGCUCAAUGUCCACAACGAGGACUUCGACCAAGCUAAAGAAAACCUCUUUAUGGGUUCCAAGAGGAUCAACAUGAACUACUAUCCCAAGUGCCCCAAUCCCGAUCUCACCAUCGGAGUCGGCCGCCACUCCGACGUCUCCACUCUCACCAUCCUCCUACAGGAUCAAGUCGGAGGCCUCUAUGUCAGGAAACUCCACCACGACGACGCUGCUGCUGCUGAUGAUCAGACCACCUGGAUCCACGUUCCUCCCGUCCCCGGAGCCAUUGUCAUCAACAUCGGGGACGCCAUGCAGAUAAUGAGCAACGGGCGCUACAAGAGUGUCGAGCACAGGGUCGCAGCCAACGGAUCCCACAACAGGAUCUCCGUUCCCAUAUUCGUCAACCCCAGGCCCAACGAUGUCAUCGGACCCUUGCCGGAGGUCAUACAGAGCGGGGAGACUCCCAUAUAUAAGCAAGUGCUCUACUCAGAUUAUGUCAAGCAUUUCUUUAGAAAGGCUCACGACGGCAAGGGGACUGUCGACUUCGCCAAGAUAUAAUAACAUUCAUUCAUACUCCUAAUUUCAUAAUCAAAUGUAUAAGAGGAGAGUAAUUGAGUUCAUUUAAUUUAAUUGUUUGUUGAAGAGAUGCACGUGCUAAUUCUACUUCAUCUCUAGAAGAUAUAUGUAUGGAUAAAUUAAUAUUAUUGAUUCAUUAUUAUCUUCAAAGUAAAAAAAGAUGAUGAU